AUGGCCGCUCACUCUCUGUCCAAGCUUCCAACAUCUACCACAGCUCUCAUUCCCAAUCACAGAACUAAACCCGGCCUAGAUUCGCCAACUCUGACGCGGAAUUUGAGACCCGACGGUUUGCAGAAGCCAUGGCUGGGAGCCAACAGUCUCUCGCUUCAGUCCUCAAGCAUCAGAGUCAGAACCCAAGAGCCAAAGCUACGACCUUUCUCUGCCACAGUCUGCCUCAGCCUCCCUACUGCAAAUGUGGAAGGAGUUUCAUUCACUGAGAAAGUGCCCAAGUGGUCUUGGAGGGCUAUAAAGUCAUUUGCCAUGGGUGAAUUGGAAGCCAGGAAGCUCAAGUAUGCAACUACUGGGACUGAAGCAAUUCUUAUGGGUAUCCUCAUAGAGGGAACCAGUCUGGCUGCAAAAUUUUUAUGGGCAAAUGGAAUUACACUUUUCAAGGUUCGUGAAGAAACGAUCAAGUUACUUGGGAAAGCUGACACGUGGUUCUUCAGUCCUGAGCAUCCCACAUUAACUGAGGAAGCUCAAAGAGUGCUUGAUUGGGCUGUUGACAAAAAGCUAAAAUCUGGUGAUAGUGGGGAAAUUACAACAUCUCAUCUGCUUCUUGGCAUUUGGUACGAAGUGGAAUCGCCGGGUCACAAGAUACUGGCUACCCUAGGCUUCAAUGAAGAGAAAGUGAAAGAGCUGGAGUCUCUAAUUUCUAAACCUGGAUUCAUUGAUGGAUGA